AGCCUCAUCACUCACAGCCUCCCUCUCCUCUUUUACUGUAUGUCAGUGGGCCUGCAUGCGGUUGUUUGCGUCUAAACGCGCCGCCUUCAUGUGAGAUGCGAGUAAGCCGGAUCUUCUGCACCUGGGACUUUGUUUCCAGACUCCACGGGUGAGAAGGAGGACGGCUGACACCCAGAUCCUGAGACGCAGAACAGGGAUUUUGAUUCUUCAGGGUUGUUAUUUUGGUCUCCAAAGCAAAACCUCUUCAGGUGUUUAGCAGAGGAGACCAAAAAAAAAAGGCGCCAUGGGGUCCAGUUCCUCAUCCUUCCUCCCCAGAAACAUUUACCUGGAUGUUGAUGGGAAGGUGCAGAAGGUGGUUUUCAGUCGACACUGCAGUCCGUGUGACAUCAAGGAACUUCUGUGUUCCUCAUCCAACCUUCCCAGGAACACUGCCAUUAAAGUUAUAAAUCCAGAAGGUGCCAUGGUCUCUAUUGAUGCCACGAUGCCCGCCAACUCUCCGAAUUUUCUAUACAAAGUUGUCCCACUAUCUAUCGAUCAGCCAGGAGACAGGGAGGACAUGUUUCAGAGCGUGUUGUCUCAGGUGGCAGAGCAGUUCACCAGAGCCUUUCGCAUCAGCGAGCUGAAGUCUGAGGUCACCAACAGGUUGGCAGCGUUGGAAAAGAGAGUGGAAAUGGAGGGUUUGAAAGUAGUCGAAAUUGAAAAAUGUAAGAACGAUCUGAAGAAACUUCGGGACGAGAUGACUUCAAGAGGUGGAAGUAGGGUAAGCUGUUCAUGCAAAUUCAAUUUCUCAGAAGAUGGGAAGAAGGUCACACCUAGAAGAGACGUCCCCACUUACCCAAAGUACACACUUUCUCAGGAGACCAUCGAAGCGCUGAAGAAGCCGACGUUUGACGUUUGGCACUGGGAACAUAAUGAGAUGCUGAGUUGUCUGGAGUUCAUGUACCAUGACUUGGGACUGGUGAAGGAGUUUAACAUGAACCCCAUCAUACUCAAACGCUGGCUGCUGGCAAUACAGGAAAACUAUCGCAACAAUCCUUUCCACAACUUUCGUCACUGCUUCUGUGUUAGUCAGAUGAUGUACGGCAUGAUUCACCUUUGCAACCUGCAGGGGAAGCUGACCCUCACAGAUCUGGGAAUUUUAAUGACAACCGCAGUGUGUCAUGACCUGGACCACCCUGGCUACAACAACACAUACCAGAUCAACGCUCGCACAGAGCUGGCGGUGCGCUACAACGACAUCUCCCCGCUGGAGAACCAUCAUUGUGCUGUGGCCUUUCAGAUCCUUUCGCUUCCUGAGUGCAACAUCUUUGCAAAUGUUGAUCCAGAGGCAUUUAAAAAGAUCCGACAGGCUAUUAUCACCCUUAUUCUGGCCACAGACAUGGCCAGGCAUGGCGAGAUUCUCGAAGGCUUCAAGCAGAAACUGGAUAACUUUGAUUUUACAAACGAAGAGCACGUAAUGUGUUUGCAGAAGGUGUUGAUCAAGUGCUGCGAUAUUUCCAACGAGGUGAGGCCAACUGAGGUUGCUGAGCCAUGGGUGGACUGUUUACUGGAGGAGUACUUCAUGCAGAGUGACAGGGAGAAGUCGGAGGGCCUUCCAGUAGCUCCCUUCAUGGAUCGAGACAAAGUUACCAAACCCACAGCUCAGAUUGGAUUCAUCAAGUUUGUCCUCAUCCCCAUGUUUGAGACCGCCAUGAAGCUAUUCCCUCAGAUUGAAGAAAUCAUGGUUCAGCCUUUGAGAGACUCUCGAGACCAUUAUGAGGAACUGAAGCAGCUUGAAGACUCAAUGACAGAGGAGUCGUCUUUCAUGAGCCGAUUGAAGAAAGACUUGAAAAGUGAGUGAGGCCCCGGUGAAGAGAUCCAGGGCUGCAUACUGAAGAUGACAGCUGAAGCAGGGGCCUUAGAUAAAAGCGACACAGCUCUGCAGCAUGCUGAACUAAAAUUAGGCAAUGCAUUUCUUGAACUUUGACUUUGAUUUUUUUCAGCAGAUGAUGAAAGGAGGUGCUGACCUCCCGUGCAUAUUUAUGCCAUGAAAGCAUUAGCCUCUAUAAAUUUGCAUUUGCAUUUUCGUUUUAUUUUAUUUUAUUUUUUUGGCAAAAGAGUCUGAGGGGGUUGCUUUCUCCAAACAGAAAGUAAUUUAUUUUAAUUUAUUAUGUACUUUCACAAUCUAUAGAACAAGUUUUCUAGUUUACCAAAGUUUUAGCUGUUUAAAUAAAUGAAUGAAAUAAAAUGGACCAGAGUGGCACAUUUAAAAUGAAAUCC